AUGAAAAGACAAGCAGUAGAAAGAGGAGGAGGGAAAAUAACGAAUUCGCAGCACACGAUACCGUUCGUCGUGCAGAUAACUAAAACAGGGGAGACCACUCUGGAAGUUGAAUAUCAGGUGAUAGAUGGUGGUGAUAUGGAUGUUAGCUUUUAUAUCCAGGCCCCUAGUGGAUCUAUCCUUGUAGCAGAAGACAAGAAAUCUGACUCUGCACAUAAAGUUGAUAUUCAGUUAACAGGAACAUAUAAAAUAUGCUUUGACAACACUUUCAGUCGUUUUUUUCGGAAGGUUGUGUAUUUUGAUAUCAUUACUGAAAAUGAAGAUGAUGAAAUUGAUAAUCGUAAUUGGACCUUUAGUAAAGAUGAUGCAGCUGAAUUAAUGGAAAUUAAGCUGGAAGAUUUUAAGUCCAUUGUGGAACGUGUUAAAGAAAACCUUGAAAGAUCACAUCAAGUACAAAACUACUUGAAAAUGUUUGAAGCCAGGGAUCGGAAUAUCCAGGAAUCUAACUUUGAACGGAUCAUGAAUAACUAUCGUUUACAUCACUAG